UGCUCCAAGUACAUCUAGCUGUUCUGAACCAAGCCCUGUACUUUUCGUCAAACCCGACGAAGCGCGCAGAACUGUAAGAAUACGGGCGUGCAACUCACUCUUUCGCCCGGUUUCGAUAUGACCUCUCCUUUAGAUAUGACGGCGAGGGGUCGGGAGUUCUUCAUGAGCAUCGUAGUGGCUCCAGGAGUACCUGGCCCGGAACAAAGCUUCGAGGAGCUGCGGGUUCAGGAUUAUCUAAAAGCCUAUACGACAACAGGAAGACCACCCGUCCCAUGCCCACAAGAACCCACCACAGAGAGUUCACGGACCGCUUUGGGCCUUCCUCGAUUAUUUCAGCCCAUCCCAGUUGAAGCUGUGGGA